AUGGUGAAGAAUAAUAAUGUGGCUAGUGGAUCACGAGAGGUGGAGGCAGGUAAUCGUCCUGGUACUCACUUUAAGAAAGAAGGAUGGGAAAAUGUGAGGAUUAGCUUGAGUAAAGAGACAGGAGCCGAGUAUGAUAAAUCACAAUUGAAAAAUAAGUGGGAUGCACUUAAGGAACAAUGGAAAAUAUGGAAAGAACUAAUUGGAAAAGAAACUGGUCUUGGGUGGAAUUCCAAACUUGGGACUAUUGAUGCUUCUGAUGAAUGGUGGCAUAACAAAAUUGAGAUAAAUCCCAAAUAUGCAAAAUUACGUAGAAAGGUAUUAGUCCUGAUAUGGAAGAGAAGUUUGAUAGAAUGUUCAUGA